UCAGGGGUAUGUCGUGGGAACCGAUCAGCAGAACGAUGUCGUCAAAGAACUUCAGGCCCUUAUGGACGACGCGGAGAAACACAACGUUUUCAUCAUUUUAUGCAUGUUUUGCAACUCAAUUCUGAAGAAAGACGACGGCUUUAUAACCGAUGAGAAGAAAAUACAGUCCUAUAUCGACAAAGCACUCAAACCUAUGGUCGAGGGGUUGAAAGGCAAGAAAGCAUUAGCCGCCUGGGAGAUAGAGAAUGAACCGGAAUGUGUGAUGGAUAUACACACAAAGGACCCUGAUCCACAUACUUGUUUUGACAUAUAUCGGUGGCAGAGAAGUGUGCCGGGGAUGGGGAACUGUCCUCUUGAUCCAUAUCGUUUUCCCAUUAAAAAAAUCCUUCGACUAUUCAAUUGGAUAUCGUCUGCCAUUCAUACGGCGGAUCCGUCAGCACUGGUUUCAGUGGGCACUUGGAAACCACAGUCCAAUACCGAUCAAUGCUCCGAUUGUUUCAACUUAUAUCAGGACCAGUGUUUGGUGGCCGCGGGAGGCAAAGCCAAUGGUGUUAUGGAUUUCUAUCAAAUCCAUUCAUAUGAGUGCGGACAGGAACACCCUAUCAAGAGGUCGGCCCAA